UCUGCUAAAUUGCAGAGAGAACUAAAAAUUAUUGCUGCAGAACUGGAUAACCAACUGCGCAAAGUCGACAAAAUUUUGACAACUAGAUGGGUUGCAUCCUCGUCUCGUGCAGUGAAAUCUUUUGGAGAAAUUAUCCAGCUAUGUAGAAGCAUUUCUACACACUUUCACAGUCUAAAGACAAGCACAAAGCAACCUAUGCUGGAUUAGCAAAACGAAUGGAGACGAUAGAGUUUGUUGAAGACGUAGCCAUUAUGAAAGACAUUGGGCAGCUUUCUAUUUUGUCUGAAUUACUACAGAAGGACUGUACCAUUCUCAAAGCAACUGACUAUUUGCAAUUGUAACAUUGUUAGAAUUUCGGUAUUGAGAAAACUUUGGCGGAGUUUGUUUAGAAGGGACGAAUUAAAAGGCGUAGAAAAUGCAAAGUGUGUUAAGAUUGUACUUUGCAUCGAGAACGACUUUGUAGACUUUAUAUCGUUUUUCUGGUUGAUUUAUUCUAGACGAUGGGUACGAUUGUUGUAUGGUCGUGAGUUUACUACGAUGGAAGAUAUUUUAACCCUUUGGGAUGGUAUAUUUGCUGAUGGUCUCUCUUUGGAUUUAGUCGACUACGUCUAUUUAUCGUUGGUAUGCAGCAAAAGAAGAAAAUCUUUUCAAUAAAAUCAACGUCUUUCGUGAGAGAUUUGGCAGGUGAAAUUUCGACACGCUCAUCGCCAAAAAAAUGGUAUAAGAUGAACUGAAAUACCCCCUUUUUUUUUGUCUGGAAAAUUGCUACAGCCAACUGCCACGAACCUUUUUCUCAUAAUUUCCUUUGAAAUUCAACGGGAAAACACUUUCACCGACUAUUUGUUAUUCAAACACAUGCUUGAAGAUGUGAACAGCUUACCCUAUCUACGUCACGCUCUCAAACACGCCGUGGAACAAAACGGAAAUAAAAAAUGACAUUUUUAAACCUCCAUAAAAAGAUAAAUAGUCCCUCGAAUUGAUUUUUUUCUUUUUACAGUCACACCACGCAGUCAAAUUUUCUUAAAUGAAAGAAAACACGAAGAUCAUAGUUCCACUUUAACUUUGUCUCUGAGAUGUUGGCGGCUCAAGUGAAUUUGUUUUAAUGUAUUUUGAAUAUUUUUCUAGCUUGAUCCUAAAAGAAAAAUGGAUUAUCUGGCAAAAGAACAACUAAAGUCAUCUGUCGCUCCUGAGUUUCCCAACCAAGAUGCUUUUCAUUCAAGAAUAACAAAUAGAUUACAGGCUGUCUUGCAAGGCACCAGACAAAUUCCAUCAAAGAGAGGACCGGAAAUCAAUGAUACAUACAAUGCUGAAAACAGAUUGGAAAAUAAAUCCUCUGGUAAUGAAAAAAAGAAACCAGUUGAAAUGAAGGAGAACAACAAGUCAUCCCCGUCAUCCCACAUGUUCCCCAGUGAUCCUGAUGAUGAAGAUUUAUUUAUGAUGUCACCAAGAUCCAACAGAACAUCUGCCAGUACGGCGUUUUUAUCAAAACUAUCAUCGAAAGUUCGUCAUCCAAGUCGAACUGAUAUCACUGCUUUACAGCAAGACCAUGAACGUCUUCAAGAUCAAGUCUCUCAUUUCAAAGCGGAAGUAGAUAAACUUCAGUCAAUAUCGAUCUAUUGUGGUUCUAAAAUGGACACCUACAUAAAUCAUCUACAAGAACAAAUAACUCAAGAUGAGAAAUGUAUGGAUGUUGUAUACUUGUCCUUGGCUGGUCUAAAACAGGUUCGUGACAUCUUGAAAGGAACGUUAACAUUUCAUGGCUCAACAAUCGAACAUGAUUCCGAAUUCAGUCACAUCGACACGGCUAUUACAUCUCUUACACCCAACACAAAAACCUCAAGUGAUAAUAAGCUACCGAACUCGUUACCAGUUCCUCUACUUGCGGACUACGGGCAUUUUCAAAAGCAGAAGGAAGAAUUUAUCCUAAUUGAAUCUAGUGAAGGGCAAAACGAUGACUGUGGUGCAAAUGAAAGGACGUCUGAUAACUUUAAACCUGAGAACGUCGAUGAUAUUUCUUCUGACCUUAUUGAUUAACCAAAUCACUUUCACAGAGAUUCAUCGAUGCCAAUUGUUACCAAUACUUUUGGCGAUUAUGGCUCAACAUAAGGCUUGCGUGAUGUAGUCCUGUAAAAACAUCUUUGUAAUUUACUCUCUUCGCUUCCCAAACUUAGUAUAUUUUGCAUGCUUUCUGAUUUUCUGCACAACAAAAGCUUGGGGCAAGCGAUCUUGCCUUUUUACUCUUUUUCCCGCUAAACACAAUCAGUCACACAGGCAUUCUCCCAUUGCAAUCUUUCAUCGCCAUUAGCUGUUUCACCUGUGCGUAUGUCUUCUUGUACUGCAAUUUAUGUUGCUUUUGUCUAAUAAUUUUCCUGGGUUUUUGGAGGGUAAGGGAUUCUGGCGAUGGAGAGUUAUAUUACCAAGGAUAAAAAGUAGCACUCUUACAUCUUAAAAGUAACCUGGAAGUACUACAUUUCUAUGCCAAUUUGAAUACAGUUGAUUUGAAUACUAUUGAUUCGAGUACUAGUCAUGUUGGAUAUUGAAAACAUUAUUUUUGUAUAGACUAUCGGUCACUCAAUAGAAAUUAAUAAUAUUCAAAAAUAGAAUUGGUUCUUUCUUUUUAUUUUUUUGUAUUGUACUUAUCAUAAUACGAAAAAAACCUUUUUCGAUAUAACUUA